AUGCUGCGUGCUCGUCUCCACGUCUCCUUCAAGGGCGGCGCUGCGCUGCGGCGGCAUGUCGGCCCGCUGCUCUGCAGCUACCGGCGCCAGGCGUCUGCCGCCCCUCGCGGCGACUUCUCGCACGUCACACACAACACCGUGUGGGGCCUGUGGAACGAGGGCAACCUCUUCUCCCUCUCCGUGCCGGAGCUCGCCUUCUUUCUGCAGGAGCACUGCAAGGUCGCUAACGUCGACGCGCGCGCCAAGAAGAGCGCACUGGUGCGGCAGGUGGAGGAGAUCCUCUCCGCCGAGCAGGCCAGCGUGACGGUGCAGCAGGAGGACAACCCGCACGCCGUCGUCAUCACCGACUACGACCGUGCGGAGGAGGCACUGGAGGAGGCCGACGAGUACGGCGACUGGGGCGCCGAGCCGGGCUUCGAGGACAGGCGUGAGCUCGACUUCAUGGAGCUCAGCCCGGGUCGCAUGGGCGAGCGCUACGACCCGCUGUCGCCGCGCUCCUUCCAGCUGAUGCACAGCGACACCACUGGCGACGUUGGCAUCGCCGCCAUUGACCCGAGCCGGCUGCCGGGGCAGAGCAAGGUGAAGAGUGCGCUGACGCCCGUCGACGUCAGCCCGAAUGAGGCAAACAAGAUGCAUUUCCGCAGCGCCUUCGAGUGGUGUCUCAUGAACAUUUGGAAUAUGAACAUGCCAGGUGAGCUGAACAUCGGGGCUGGAAAGGCCCUCUAUUACCGUCAUGUAGCCAAGCAUAACCGCAACGUGAUGCCGCUCUGGACGCUGCAGCGACACUUGUAUGCGCAGCACCCUUACGUCUGGUUUGCUAUUGCGAGCGAGUCAAAUGUGACGGCGAUGGAGGGGCUUGCCGCGAAGCUUGGUAUGAGUCUCGUGCAGGAGCCGACAACAAGCUACAAGGUCACCAUCCGCCGCAUGGGGGAGCAGUUCGACUGCGAGCUCAACGGGCAGAUGAAGUGCACGAUGUUCAACAAGCCAUGGGACCGUUUCCUCGUAUCGCACUACGUUCGUAGCAAGAUGCCGGAUCUGCGUUACGUUGUGCGCGCACGCCACCCAAUCAAGAAGCGGGUGGCGGAUGCGUACUUGGAGGCCGAUAUCCUCCGCAGCACACGCGACUCUGUUCAGUCGGUGCUGUCGCCGGAGCUGGGCGACGUGGUGUACUGCUGCGAACGUGUCGUACGCAAGUGGGCGAUGCGCACCACCACUGGGGUUACGCUGCAGCUUGUGGAGACAAAGCGCACUCCGCUCAUCAUCACAAAGGCUGGCGAUGAGGGUGAGCGGUUGGAGUACGAGUGGAUCGUCCCACUACCACAGCAAGCUGAGCGCAUCGAUGUGGCGUCACUCAGCGACGAAUUGUGGGAGUACGGCAACAAACUUGCGGAGGCGCUCGAAGAGGGAAUGGAGGAGCUGAUGGCGCACACCAUGACGGCCGUGUCAUCGUAUUGA